CGCAAUCAGCAGGCCAGGCAUUUGGCAUUGGAUAGGAUCGGUCUCGCAAAGGAAUAAUUGCGGCGCAGCAAUUGUCUGUGCUGGUAAUCCUAGGCCGACUUAGCCACAGACGAGGGGGCGCUUAACAUCAUGACGAGGCAUGGUGUUUUGGCCUUAGGUCUUCUGCUUGCAGCAGCUCUUUGCCUGUCCGCUGGAGCAUUGCUCAUCGACGAUCAGCCUCUGAAUGGCAGUUCUGAGCCUUCUGCCUGGGCGACCCUUAUUUCACCUGAUGCCUCAUACAAGCCCCUGAUAAAGUCGCCACUGCCGCAAAACUACCUGGAGCCUUUCCAUCUGCCCACGAGCUGGGACUGGCGCAACGUGAAUGGAACAAACUACUGCUCGACCACCCGCAACCAGCACAUUCCUCAAUACUGUGGGUCAUGCUGGGCCAUGGGUUCAACCUCCUCCUUGGCUGACCGCGCAAACAUUCAGCAGGGUGGCGCCUGGCCAUCCGCUUAUCUGUCCGUCCAAAACGUCAUCGACUGCGGCGGCGCCGGCAGUUGCCACGGAGGCUGGGACUCGAGGGUCUACGAGUACGCGGCCAGGGAGGGCAUCCCCGAUGAGACCUGCAACAACUACAUCGCUGCCGACCAGGUGUGCAACGCCAAGGACCAGUGCUUCACUUGCUGGCCAGACUCCGGCUGCCAGCCCCUGAAGGACUACAACCGCCUGGUUGUGGCCGAGCACGGGCGGCUGCACGGUGCGCAUGCGAUGAAGGCGGAGAUCUUCGCGCGCGGCCCCAUCAGCUGCGGCAUCGACGCCACGCGCAAGCUGGACAAGUACGAGGGCGGCAUCUUCGCCGAGUACAAGCCGCUGGCCAACAUCAACCACAUUAUCUCCGUCAUCGGCUGGGGCGUCGAGGACGACGUCGAGUACUGGCUGGUGCGCAACUCGUGGGGCGAGCCGUGGGGCGAGAAGGGCUUCUUCCGCAUUGUGACCGGCGCCUACAAGGACGGCCGCGGCGAAGACUAUAAUCUGGCGAUCGAGACGCAGUGCGGCUUUGGCGUGCCGGCCACCUGGGAGCGCGCCUCCAACCUCGACGUCGGCGCCACCGCCCUGCGCACCGCCAACGCGGUCUCCGUCGCGCAUGCGGCCAACGCCAAGACUUCCUCCUCCUGAAGGGAGACUUCCUCCCUCUGGGUUGUUGUCUCUGCCAUUUAGAACCCACUGGACCUUCAUGUGCCUGCUCGGUGAUCCGGGCAGAAAGGCGGCUGAAAGGCAAGGCGGGGAUGCAAAGGCAGGGCUGGCUAGGCCAGUUAGGAUGGCAUGGGGGAUUGAUCCCCCGCGAUUGCUGAUUUGCGGCGUCCUGUGAUGCAGCAGGGCAUGAAUUAAUUUAGCAUGUGGGUGGCUCCAGAUUGUGGCCUCACCGCUGCAGUCGGCAUUUGGGUCCUGCAUUGCGCAGCGUUGCUGUGUCAGCAUUCAUUGAUGCUACAGUUGGGUGUGCUAUCAUUGGGUGUACCAUGCAAGAGUGUCAGCACCGAUUCCUUAUUGUAGUCUAGGAUACUGGCCCGACCACAUAGCAGUCACACAUGCAUGUUGCCGUGUUUCACGGGUCAGGAUACCUCAUAAUUGCCUUAGUUGCUGUCCGAUUUGGGAGCAGUACCGCGCAUUAUUGUACAUUAGCGUAUUUGGCUGGUGCUGGGUUCUUGUACCUGCCUGCACCUCCCAACUUCCGCUGCACCGGCAUUGCCGCAUAAGAGCGGAUGGGUCUGCCAUGCAGGGUGUUUAUAAGUAUGCCUGCUGUAAUGCUGUUGUAUGGCUGGUGAUACCAGUACGUACUAGAGCGCUCGCACCGCUCGGGUGUGCCACUCUUAAGUGUACUCUUAUAGGUUUGUUUGCUAGCAUUGUGAUCUUGUUGAGUGAUCUUGCUCGCACUACUGCCAGAAUUGUAAACAAAUUGAUUAGGAUUUUCA